AACAUGCUACGGAGAAGGACGUAGGGUCCGGUGCUGAACCCCAAACCUGGCGAGGUUUACUUGGAGACCUCUCUUGGGGUUGAGGUGAAAUGAAGAGGAUUUUAUAUCCGUGGGUGUAGGUUACAAAGGGGUUGCCUAGGUUUUCUCAUGCUUAGCGAGAGACUUUUCCUGUCCGUGCUAUUUUUCCCGCCCAAAAGGCCCUCCCCACUCAGCGCAGUAGGGGUCGAGUCCAUUUGACUUCUCCGGCGCGCCGUCUCCAGAGAAGUUUGGUGGGGCGGAGUCGGCCUUGCCCCGCUCAUCCCCCCAGGACGUCCGACGGUGCCCGCUGCCAUGGCGACGCUGCUGCGCGGGCUUCUGCGCCCGCUCUGCGCCUUCCGAGGCAGUCCCGGCUCUUCUACAGGUGUUCCCCUCAGAGCCGUGAGCCAUGGCGCCGGCCUGCUCUACCCCGAACACAUUCCCACUUCCCCGCUGCAGAAGGUGCUGCUGGCUGCCGGCUCUGCCGGGAUGGCGCUCUACGAUCCCUAUCGCCACGACAUGGUUGCAGUUCUGGGAGAGACCACAGGAUACCGUACCCUGAAGGUCCUCAGGGACCAGAUGAAGAGGGAUCCAGAGGGUGCCCAAAUCCUGCAGGAGCGUCCCCGGAUCUCGCUGUCCACCCUUGACAUGGGCAAGCUCCGGGGUCUUCCUGAGGGCUCCUUUGGCUGUGCGUAUCUCCGUUUCCUGGAUGUGAAUAGGGUCUCCCCAGACACCCGCGCACCCACCCGCUUCGUGGACGACGAGGAGCUGGCAUACGUGAUCCAGCGGUACCGGGAGAUCCACGACAUGCUCCACACCUUGCUGGGCAUGCCCACCAACAUCCUGGGAGAGAUCGUGGUGAAAUGGUUUGAGGCUGUCCAGACUGGCCUGCCCAUGUGCGUCCUGAGUGCACUCUUCGGACCGAUCCAACUCAGCGCCCAGAGCCUGCGAUUGCUGAUCUCGGAGCUGAUCCCAUGGGCAGUUGAGAAUGGCCGCAGAGCCCCAUGUGUCCUCAACGUGUACUAUGAGCGGCGCUGGGAACAGCCCCUGCAGACCCUGCGGCAGGAGCUGGGCAUCACGGAGCCACCCCUGCGUGUGGAGGGCCUGGUGUAGGCCCUGAGCGCCUGAGGCCCCACCCCACCCCACCCCACCCCCCUCUUCUGCUGGGAGUGGAGCACGCCUCUGCCAGUACAUGGGUUCCUCCACUGUGAACUCUGACCCUUGGACGUCACUCAUUAUAAUUUAUCAUAACCGCCGCAGAGCGGCUUUGAAGGCCAACCUGGGAGGGAGCAGCCAGUGGAGCUCCUAGGGGAGCCAGGAGCGAACCCCGUGUGCUCAGGGAUUGCUCAGGUCCACAACGCAUGUGACC